CGAUGCAUCGCCACCUCUAAUAGAAACGCAAUUAAACAUAUUGCAUUGUUUUGCGUAAAUAAAAGUAAGUUUCGCAGGCAAUGGCCUCGAAUCAGCAAAUCAAUACGCAGCUAAGCAAAAAGCUAUCCUGGCUGUUGCGGCACGGUGCGAAAACGGAGGGAAUCACGAUCCGUGCUGAUGGAUUUGUUAGCGUUCCCGAUUUGCAGAAGCACCCACGCUACUUGUGCUUCACCUUAGAAAAACUGAAGGAGAUUGCCGCCGCGGAUGCCAAGCAACGAUAUACUCUUCGCUGGAAUCCAGAACUCGGAGUCCAUGAGAUUCGCGCCAAUCAGGGACACUCAUUGGCGGUGCUGGAAGGCGAAGCUGGCGGUCUCGAGAAUAUUACCCAUGUGAGCCAGGUACCCCUGGCAGUUCAUGGCACCUAUUACAGACAUUGGGGGGCAAUUAGAAGCCAAGGGCUAAGUAGGAUGAACCGCAACCAUGUGCACUUUGCAUGCAGCGAUGAGACCAAUUCCACUCUGAGUGGAUUCCGCAGCGAUUGCCAGAUUUUGAUAUAUCUAAACGUGGAAAAGGUGCUGGCGGACGGCAUACCCAUCUAUCGAUCCAGCAAUAAUGUACUGCUCUGUCCGGGAAUUGAAGGCUUCAUACAUAGUUCCUACUUUCAGCGUGUAGUGGACAAGAAAACGGGGCAACCCUUACAAAUUGAUCAUUGUUAUUGAAUAGAAUAAACCUGGCCGUUAAGCAGUAAUUAAAACGAUUUUUUACAGAAAUGCCGGCCCCUGCCUCGGAAUCAACUUCUCCGCCUGGGGAUGGUGACGGUAAUCUUGUGCUUUGCAUGGUAUGCGCUGCUCCCUUCCGGAGUAUGCAGGAUUGCCUUGCCCACGAGCUGAUCAAGCACGCCAGCAAGCCACAAAAGCAACUGCGACAGCGAUUGAACGCCAUUACCAAGCUAUUUAACAGCGCACAAAGCCAAUCCGAGCGUCAAGAGCUGCGGGAGGCUCUCGAAUGGUCCGAGUCCGGCGGGCACUUGUGCACCGUAUUGAAUUUCUUUGCUUGUGAUCUCGAAAAUAUGAAAACCUGCUUCGGGCACGUCCGGAACUGCAUAGAGAAGGAGAUGAGGGGCAGGGUUAGGGUGUUCCCCUUUGGUUCACUGGUUACGGGUUUAGCACUGAAGGGUAAGUGAUCACCAGUACAAGAAAAGCACAUAAUCCGAAUCCUUUUCCGCAGAGAGCGACAUCGAUUUGUUUCUGGAGCCCAACGGCAACCAGCCACCAUUGUUCCAUAAUCAGCUAUACAACAAGACCUCACACUUUUUACGAAGAUCCAAAUGCUUUGCGGAUGUCUUCACCAUUCGUCAUGCCAGCGUGCCCAUCAUUAGAUGUAAGCAUCAGCUCACCGGACUCAACAUAGACAUCAAUAUGUCAAAUCCGAAUAGCAUAUAUAACUCCCGAUUUGUGGGCGAACUGAUGUUUCGCAAUGAGCGGAUACGCGAGCUCUGCCUGUUUUUGAAAAUUUGGGCCAAGAAGCUAAAAUUGAUUAGUCAUGGCGGCAUGACAAGCUAUUGCUUAAUAUCCUUGAUCAUCGUUAACUUGCAAGUGAAUCGACUAGUGCCCUCCGUCAAAGAGCUCCAGUCACUCUGUCCACCGGUUAUUUUGUCGGGCGUUAACUAUGCCUACAGCCUGGACCUAACGCCGCCGAUCCCAGCACGGCUCACCACGCUGGAUUUACUUAAAAACUUCUUCAUAUACUACUGCACUGUCAACUUUGACAAAAGUGUAUUGAGUCCGUUUCUGGGCGGCUGUGUGGACAAGGAGACAACACUGGGCAUGCCGGGAGGUUUUCCCGAGUACGAUGAGCAACAAAAGCUCGUGCAUGAUGCAAUAGGUGCGCCGCCAGACGCUUUCCAGCUGGAUAGGGCCAUGUGCGUACAGGAUCCCUUCGAGCUCAGUCGCAACGUGGCCAAAUCAGUGUCCAUUUCAAAUUUAUGUUACUUUAGACAAUGCCUAGUCCUGGCAGCUCAAGCGUGCAGCGAUCAGGAACUAACUUCGCAACCAGAGAAGCUAUACGACUACCUAUUAUUUGGCCUGGCGGAUAAGUUAGUAGCCGACAAAAUAGUGGCAGAUAAAAGAUCAGAAAGGGCUACGCCGCGAAAGCAACAAAAAAUUGAAAACGCCCAUGUGCAACCGCCAAUCGUCGAUGAGACACAAGAAACAAAAGUCGCCGAAGUCGGAGUUUGUGGGACACCGCCCUUAGUGCGAUCACACGUCAUCACGCCCACCACAAACGAUGUCAAAUGCCUGCGCUCCAUUGUGCUGGUCAAGAACACGGAGAACGAUCAGAGCAUAUAUUACUACUGGUUGAUCUGCUACGUGGACACUAUAAAGGAUGUGCUAACUCAACUGUAUGCUUUGAAUGUGGAACUUAAAGAAUCGAAGGAGCCGAAACACUACAAGUGGCUAAUCAGCAUUUCUUACGACACUUGGACAGGACGCUCUUUCCAACGUGGCGCCGGUCAAUCUUUCUUCGCCCACCAGUUGCAGCAGACGAUUGAGUUUACGAAGACGAGAAUGGGAAAUCCGCAGUACGCAGUCAAUUUGCGCGGCUAUUUCACGCUGCAGGCCAGCGAGGAUUACAAAGAGUUGCGCCUGGAUGUGCAGCCUCUUCAAGGAGAUCUCCUCGGACUGCAGCGCAAUAGUCCGCUAACAAGGCUUUUUAAGGCGUUUAAGAAUCUCCUGGGCAACUAUAGUUUCAAAGAGAAGGUCAGCACCUGGAAGUUUUGCGCCACAACUGACCAAAUAUGAAUAUCAACAUGUCAUGCUUUAUGUACAUACUUUUUGAAUUCAAUGGCAAAUUGAAAACACACCUUAAUGACAUUAUUAACAUUAUUUUAUUUGAAUGUACAAUAUCACUAUAGGCUAAACUAAUACCUUAAAUUAUAAGUGUAACGACGACUAAUCAUAUGUAAAGUUGACUAAACGAUUUCUUGGCAAAAGUCUCUUGGAGCAGGGAGAAAUUAUUUACAAGGGCGACAACAAAGCUUAUCUAAAUCAUUUACAAGUGUGUGUCUGAAACUCCCCAAGAAUAAUAAAGAGGUUAUAAUUGUGUAAAGU